GUAAAGGAAUAAAAGUGGCUAUCGCAGGAAGUUAUGGCUGGUUUGGGAAACAUUAAAGAGACUUUGCCGGAAUAAGAAUUCAGAUUUUAAGAUCAGAGCAGGGAGUGAAGGAGGGCAGAAUUCACUCGGAGCGGAAGUGAGAGGGCUGAUACUCUGCAGGCGGAGCGACACUGGCGAGUGUGGACUCUGUAAAGCUGCGAAUUUACUAGCUAUAGCGUGGCCAUUUUACCAGCUGGCAUUUGUGGAUUUCUGGCCUGGUGAUUUGGUGAACUUUCAAUCUGGGUAUUCCUUGCCAUCUGCAGCUCUUCUCUUUUCUUCUCCUCCCUCUCAACAGUUCUGCCUUUUUAGGCCUUUGCCUUCUCUCCACAACAGUCAGACAUGACUGAGUCCUGGUAUGCAAUUACAGGGAUCAGUGUCAUUCGAGGAUGUGGCUGUGGACUUCACACAGGAAGAGUGGAACCAACUGGACCCUAUUCAGAGGAGCCUAUACAAAGAAGUGAUGCUAGAGAAUUAUAGCCAUCUUGUCUCUCUGGGAUAUCCUAUUACCAAACCAGAAGUGAUCACCUCUUUGGAACAGGGAAUCCUUGGGAUUAUAAAAAGAGAAAUCCCAAGUUCAAGUUUUACAGAAGAUGGGCACGCUGAAGACCAACUGGAGUGGCAUCAGGAAAACCAAAACAUACACCCGGAGCAGGCUAUAUCUGUUAUUGAGAAAAAUAUGAAUGAAGAAAGAGAUCAUGAAUUUUUAAACACACUUCCUCAGAACACAUGUGUAGUUUCUUCAGGAUGCACACCCUAUAUGAAUAACUUAUUUGGGAAAAGUAUUAAAGAUAAUUUAGGUUUACUCAAUCCUAACAGUCUGAGCUUUGCAACUCAGGAAUGUUAUGAAUGCAAUCGAUGUAGGAAAUUAUUAAUUCCUGGCAGACAUGGAAUAAAUGAUGAAAUGAAGUCCCAUGACUAUAAUAUAUAUGGGAAAGGUCAUAUUUAUAACUUUGUUCAGCAUAAUUUGACUCAAGAUGGACAGAGAACUUAUGAAUGUCCUGAGUGUAGAAUAACCCUCAGCCCAAGUUCAUUCCUUAUUGUUCAUCAGAUCACUCAUAUAGGAGAAAAGCCUUAUGAAUGGGCAGAAUGCAAAGAAGCAUUCAACAACACAACACACCUCAGUCUACAUCAAACAAUGCACACAGGAGACAAGCUCUUUGAAUGUAAUGAAUGUGGUAAAUCCUUCAGAGAGGAAUCCACUUUGCAUAUACAUCAAAGAACACAUACAGGUGAAAAACCAUAUGUAUGCACUGAAUGUGGCAGUGCAUUCCAAGAAAAGACAAAUCUCAUCAUACAUCGGAGAACUCACAAAGGAGAGAAACCCUAUAAAUGUACAGAUUGUGAGAAAACCUUCAACCAAAAGGCACACCUGAGUGUGCAUCAAAGAACGCACACAGGAGAGAAACCUUUCGAAUGCACCGAUUGUGGCAAAUACUUUAGAGAGAAAUCAACACUGAAUAUACAUCAAAGAACUCAUACAGGAGAGAAACCAUAUGUGUGCAAUGAAUGUGGCAAAGCCUUCAGAGAAAAGACGAAGCUCAUUAUACAUCAGAGAACUCACACAGGAGAAAAACCCUAUGAAUGCUCAGAAUGUGGCAGAGCCUUCAACCAAAAGGCACACCUCAGUGUACAUCAGAGAACACACACAGGAGAGAAACCUUUUGAUUGCAAUGAAUGUGGCAAAGCUUUCAGAGAGAAAUCAACACUGCGUAGACAUCAAAGAAUUCAUACAGGAGAAAAACCUUAUGUGUGUUCAGAAUGUGGAAGAGCCUUUACCCUUAAGCUAAGCCUCAGUGCUCAUCAGAGAAUUCAUACAGGGGAAAAAACAGAUGGAUGCACUGUAUGUGGAAAAGUCUUCUCCCGGAAGUCAUACCUCAUGUUACAUCAGAGAGCUCAUACAAGAGAAAAUUUUGAAAAAUCCUAUGAAUGCAAUGAAUGUGAUAAGGCAUUCUUCCAGAAAUCAUAUCUCAUUAUUCAUCAGAGAGUUCACACAGGGGAGAAACCCUAUGAGUGUAAUGUAUGUGAGAAAUCUUUCUCCCAAAAAUCAUAUCUCAUUAUCCAUCAAAGAACUCAUACAGGAGAGAAACCCUAUGAAUGUGAUAAGUGUAGCAGAGCCUUCAGAGAGAAGUCCAAACUCACCGUGCAUCAGAGAACUCACAUAGGAGAAAAAUCUUAUGACUGCCCAGAAUUUGAAAGAAAACUUCCAGAAGUCAAGGUGCAUCAUGGAUUAGAGAACUUAGAGAUAAGAGAAAACAAAGAAUUGAAAAUGGAGAGUCUGUUAUAGUAAAGUCAAAGAAAAUGGAAAAAGUAAUGUAGGGGAUUGUGCUCUAGCUAGGAUGAUCAGGGAAGGGUGUCAUGAGGAUAUGACAUUUGAGCUUAACAAUAAGUGCUGGCCAUAUUGGGAGAAGAACGUUCAAGGCAAAAGAAUCCAAGGUCCUGAAGCAAAAGCUUGACCUUUGUACUUUUGUCUCAUAGAUCUAUAGCAUGAUCAUUUCACAUCAAAGAGUGCUCAAUGCUGAAACCUUUUGAAGUCCUUGAAAUUGAAAUAGAAAGUUGUCAAUUGAAAGACAAACCUCAUUAUAAAUGUGGGCAGAGGUAUCAAAGGAAACGGUUUAAUCAACUUCAAUAAGCAUAGUUCCUGAGAAAUUAUAUAAGGGAAAUAUAUUUCUGAUUUAAUACCAAACUCUCAUAGAAAAAGAAAUUAAAUUCUCACUAGAAAAAGUUGUUUGCCAAAUGAUACAAAGUUAAAGAUUUAAAGAUAACCUUCAAAGGAACAACAACAAAGAAUACAUUAUAAAGUUCUAAAUUAUUAGAAUUUAUCAUCAGAAUAAUGUAAAAAGGAAACCACCAGACUAUCAAAUCCAGUUUUGAGCAGUAGUAACAGUUGAUAAUGCCAGUGUUUCCACCUCAGCCUGGUCUGUGGCAAAAUUUUACUUAUGUUUCUCUGAGUGGACCUUCUCCCUUUCUAAAACUGAUCCUACAGCCUUCCCAGAAUGACUAUAUGCUGUCUGACAGGUUUUAGAAGACCCCCUUUUUUUAAACUUAAAUUCAUCAGAGAUUAUUUCUGCUGCUUUUGAUGAAUGACUACCACAUUCAGAAAUCAGUAGACAGAAUGAUGGCACUCACCCUUUAUGGACCCCUAGGGAGAUAUAAAGUUUGGUUAUUUAUACUGGUUGGGGCUAAAUACAGGGGAAGUCCAGUUGACAUUAAGGAAGGGAUCUUGAACUCUCCUUGCCAUGAAGGAGAGUUAACUGUUUUAAUGAUCAUCUUAUACUUAUUUUUGGUGAGCACUGAAAGCAAGUUUUUGAAUAACUGAAUAGCCACCCCUAACCAAGGACAACAGAGAGCUUGAGGGACUACUUCCUCAUGAGAAUUGCUACUUCUAGUGGACCAGAUCAGUGAAAAACAAGGGCAAGUUCAAGUUCUUAAUUGCUCUGUUCAAAACACAGACUGAAACCCAAGCAUUCUAUAAAAAGAAAUUAUUGCUUUGUGCAUCCAUUGAAUUCUUUGCCUAAAUUCCCAAAUUGUCAUUUUCAACUUUGAAUUUUGAUUGUGAAAGAAGCAAAUGGAGGCUGAGAGUUAGAAUGCUGGUAUAUGGGAUGACGUGGAAGAAUGUGAAUAUUUUAAAUUCCUAAUUCACACUGUAUAGCUGUAUUCAAUUUCAUUUUCCCCUGAAGAGACUGUAUAUGUCUUAAAUAAAGACCCUGUAGUGACAUCA